ACUUCCGGCGUGGCCAUGGCGGCUAACGCGACCACGAACCCGUCUCAGCUCCUGCCACUAGGUAAAAAUCUUCCCCGAGGAGCGGGCGGGUUACUGCAGCUCUGCGCCGGCGGCCGAGGCUGGGUCGCUGACCCUCCGGGCUCGGCCGUCCCGCCCUUGCCGUCGCUGGGAAGACAGACCAUUUUGCCUGUCGGUGGCCGGCGGAGGUCCCUCUUGGUGUAGGUCGUCCUCGGCCUUCUUUGUGAGCCCGCCAGUUAAGAUGUCAUGGGUAGCCGUCCCAAAUGGCAGUUUGGCCUUUUCGGUCUCCAGGUUAGGUAGACCCUGUAUUGUAUCUGGUUGUGCGAGGAGGGCGCCACGGUCUACAGUGAAUCUUAAAAGAGAAAUCUGGAAACUAGCCCCGUUAUUCAUUAAUUCAACCAGCGGUUCCCUCACUGUGCCAGGGUAUUGUGGAAUGAUGAACUUAAAUUACAGCCACUGCUUUCAGAUCGUGCGGAGAGUGCUAAGUUGGCUACAGAGAUGCUCAGAGCUCGUGGACAAGUGUAUAGGAUCCAGAAUUCACAUUGUGAUGAAGAGUGAUAAAGAAAUUGUUGGUACACUUCUAGGAUUUGAUGACUUUGUCAAUAUGGUGUUGGAAGAUGUCACUGAGUUUGAAAUUACACCAGAAGGAAGAAGGAUUACAAAAUUAGAUCAGAUUUUACUAAAUGGAAAUAAUAUAACAAUGCUGGUUCCUGGAGGAGAAGGGCCUGAAGUAUGAAUGGAUUUCCUUAUGCAAGAUUCUGGCUUUUUCUUAAACCUUUAAUGUCUAUAUUCUAUAAAAUGAAGUUUCCGUUAAAAGGAAAUACUUUGAAUAUAUACACCAUUUUUCUAAGCUAAUCAUGGUUAUUUUGAGAAAGGAAGAGGUUUGUUUUGUUUUUUAAAAGACUGAAAAAAUAAAGAUGUUUUUGGUUAAUUGUGAUUUUAUUUAUUAUGUUGAAAUAUCUAGUGGAACAAAUAUAGUUAUUUUGAUACUUGGUUUCA